AUGUUCCAGCUGCCUAUCCUCAAUUUCAGCCCGCAGCAGGUGGCCGGGGUAUGCGAGACCCUGGAGGAAAGCGGGGACAUUGAGCGCCUGGGGCGCUUCCUCUGGUCCCUGCCCGUGGCCCCGGCGGCUUGCGAAGCGCUCAACAAGAACGAGUCGGUGCUGAGAGCCCGGGCCAUCGUGGCCUUUCACACGGGGAACUACAGAGAGCUCUACCAUAUCCUGGAGAACCACAAGUUCACCAAGGAGUCCCACGGCAAGCUGCAAGCCCUGUGGCUGGAAGCGCACUACCAGGAGGCGGAGAAGCUGCGGGGUCGACCCUUGGGGCCGGUGGACAAAUACCGGGUGAGGAAGAAGUUCCCUCUGCCGCGCACCAUCUGGGACGGCGAGCAGAAGACGCAUUGCUUCAAGGAGCGGACGAGGCAUUUGCUGAGGGAGUGGUACCUGCAGGACCCUUACCCCAACCCCAGCAAAAAGAGGGAACUGGCUCAGGCCACGGGACUUACCCCCACGCAGGUGGGCAACUGGUUCAAAAACCGCAGGCAAAGGGACAGGGCGGCGGCCGCCAAGAACAGGCUACAGCAGCAGGUCCUAGCGCAGGGCUCGGGGCGAUCGCUGCAAGCGGAGGAGGAGAGCGGCGGGGAGGCGGGGGGGGCGGCCUCCAGCCCAGCCGUCAGCCUCUCCAGCAAAGCGGCCACCUCCGCCAUCUCCAUCACAUCCAGCGACAGUGAAUGUGACAUCUGACACCGAGCGCCAUGACGAAGCGGGGGGAGCUCCCCAGUGCCUACCGCUGCGCCCGGAGCCGGGCUACGGAACCCCCCCCGAGCCGCCGGACCCGCAGAGGACUGCAUUAAAACCCGUGAGAAAACAAAACAAAACAAAAUCGUUGUCGCCUUUAUUUCCGAGGAUUCGCAGAAUUCAUGCCUGGAAAAAAAAAAGAAAAGGAAAAAAGAAAGAAGA